AUGAUUCUGGAGGAUACGACCUCCGAGAUAAAAGAGAACUUUGACCGGCUUGAAAGAGAGACCGAUGAAAGACUGACAGAGGUUACUAAGGAUCUAGUCGGCACAACACUCGGACGGGUCUCCGAACUUGAAAAGAAGAAUGAGGGUCUCGAGGCCGAACUCAAGGCGCUUUCCGCACAGGUUGCUGAAUUACUCAAAGCAAAGAUAAAUGCGGAUACUGCGGUGGUGGAGGCUAAUGCCCGAGCGGCUCAGGAAGUCCAGGAUGCGCUGGACAACGAAGCAAGAAAAGCGAAGGAUCCACCGCAACUCACCGAAGAGGAACGAGCCGAGCGGGUACGGAGGACAGAGGCUAAGUAUCCGGGACUUGCAAAGUCGGUAGCUGCUCAAGCUGCGAAGGAUGCUGAGCGGUUAGAAAGGGAAAGACAGAGGCUAGAAGGCUUUGCAGCCGAUAACAAAAAGAAAAAGGCGGCCUCUUCCGUUUCAGUUCCGACAAAGCGAAAGAAGGAACCUUCAAAGAAAGUUCAAAUGGUCGAGCUGCUGAAUGAGAUCACUAACACGGUUAUUGAGAGUAUACCGCAGCAGGCUACUCACGCCGAAGAAGAGGAUGAAGAGCACCUGCAACCCCGGUCUACAAGACAACGAGUCUCCGAAUCGGCCAGUCGACCGCAAUCGGUGAAGAAAAGGCGGAACAAGAAGUUGAUGACUAGCUACGACUUCUCGGACUCGGAAUAG